AUGGGAAAGUCAAGAGAUCUAUUCAAGGAAAUUGGGGAUCUAAAAGUUACCUUUCAUGCCAAAAUGGGUGUGAUAAAAGACAAAAAUGGCAGGGACUUAACAGAAGAAAAUAGGAUAAAGAAGAGAUGGCAGGAAUACACUGACAAUUUAUACAGGAAGGAUCUUAACAGCACUGAUUACCUCAAUAGUUGGUCCAAUGAGAUGGGACCAGAAAUCUUGGAGAGCGAAGUGAGAUGGGCCCUAGGAUGCCUUUCAGAUAACAAAGCUGCAGGAGUUGAUAAAAUCCCAAUUGAACUAUUCACAAUUCUGCAAGAUGAUGCUAUGAGAAUUCUGCUUGCCUUAUGUCAACAAAUUUGGAAAACUCAACAGUGGCCAAAGAACUGGAAAAGGUCAGUCUACAUUCCAAUCCCCAAAAAAGGCAAUGCCAAAGAGUGCUUCAAUUAUCGAACAAUUGCACUAAUUUCACAUGCCAACAAGGUAAUGCUUAAGAUCCUACAAGCUCGACUCAAACAAUAUAUGGACCAGGAAUUACCAGAUGUACAAGCUGGGUUCUGCAGAGGACGAGGCACAAGAGAUCAAAUUGCCAAUGUACGAUGGAUAAAAGACAAAGCCAGAGAGUUCCAGAAAAACAUCUACUUAUGCUGCAUAGACUAUUCUAAAGCCUUUGACUGUGUGGAUCAUAACAACAUGUGGCAAGUUCUUAAAGAGAUGGGAGUACAAGAUUAUCUCAUCCGCCUCCUGAGGAAUCUGUAUGUGGACCAAGAAACCACAGUCAGAACCGAACAUGGGACAAGAGAAUGGUUCAAGAUCGGGAAAGGAGUGUGA